UCGACAAAUUAAGAAAUGUAUUUAUUCUGCAACUGAACACAGUUUCAGCAUAUACUGUCAAGUCUUUGAAACGUUUGAAUUUACUCCCGGAACGAUUCAUCGGCUUAGAUUUAAGACGGACGCAAACUAAGAUGGUGGUUGUUGCCACAGGCAGCGCCUGGCGUUGUUUUCUGCCUUUAGCUGGAUAGCGGUAUAACCACCUUGCAAUCUAAAAAGCAAUCGAGAAUGGUUGUCACUUUAAACACAAACAAACAACGCUCGAGUCCAGGAUGGAUCCCUCUGGAGCCAUGCAACGGGGACGUUUUGUGUCUGUAGCGUGCACGUUUGGACUGACUGUCGCAAAACCAAAAUCUGGAUUACUCGAAAAAUAAUCCACACACCAUGGGGGUAACGUUACCUUCUAAAUAACUGACCCGGUUUACGUUCAUCUCAAGAGGAAAUCAGUUACCUGAAUGUAACAAAACAACUCGGUCUGCUUGUUUUGGUGAACCGUGUGCACACUUCCACACUGGCCACGAAGGCGAUGCUGUGAUCAAGUCGAAGCGGAUUUCUGACAUGUUUUGACAAGGAGUGCGGUCACUCCUUCGCCCCCGCCGGACCUCAUGGCAGAGAGGUGUCCUUUGGCCGAGAAGGCUCUGUCAGAGGGCUACGCUCGGCUCCGGUACAAAGACGCGGCCCUGCUGAUAUGGCAGCAGCAGCAGCUGGAGCUCCAGAAGGGCCCGCCGAUCAGCUACCUUAGCCGGAGUCAGAGUGCCCGGUACAGCCAGUACGGAAACCCCGCAGUAGUGAUACGGGACAAAACACAAUUAAGAAGCCCCGAAAGUGGCUCCCGAAUCUGUUCCGUUAUGUAACAGUGCUACGGAUGUUGAUGAUGAUUAUUAUUAUAAUCUUUCACGGAAAUCCACUGUUAUAUAGCUGUUAUAUUCCAAAGGCAUUUGUAGAGUACGUGUAUGAAUAACAUUUCCACAAGUUGCCUGCUUAUAGUGCUGUAGAUGGUUGGGCAGUAUUAUCCACCGUAAGAUGGGAAUUUCAAACUUAAACGUACAAGACCUUUAAAUAGAGUGCUACGUUUUGGUUUCACAAUAUUACUGCAGUAUUUUACAAAACACUCAUAACGCAAAUAACUACUAAACACUCAAUGAUCAUAUGAAACGUCACAGCAAAUAAAACGUAUUUGGAGUGAACAGACACCAUGA